AUGGACCCUUUUGAUAUCGAAACCUGCUUCCAAAAACGUGAUGUUGAAGACACUUAUAUCGUCAACCGAUUUAUUCAGCGUCGAAAAAAAUUAGAGGAAGGUAGUGCAUCUCGUACUAGAAAAUAUUUUAAUAGAGAUCAUGCAGCGGCAAACCAAAGACUAAUUGACGACUACUUUGCUAAUGAGCCUACAUACGACAAUGCAAUAUUUCGUCGUCGGUACCGGAUGCAAAAACAUGUUUUCCUUCGAAUCGUUGGAGACCUUUCAAGUAGUGAUAACUACUUCACCCAACGAGUUGAUGCAGCCAAUAAAGAAGGUAUAUCACCGUUAGCAAAAUGUACCACAGCAAUGCGAAUGUUAGCAUAUGGUGUGGCAGCAGAUGCGGUCGAUGAAUACAUCAAAAUAGGAAGUAGUACAGCAUUGGAGUGCUUACUUAGAUUCUGCAAAGGAAUCAUACGACUGUAUGAGCAAGUGUACUUGAGAGCACCAACCCAAGAUGACCUGCAAAAAAUACUACAUGUUAGUGAAAUGCAGGGGUUCCUAGGGAUGAUCGGGAGUAUUGACUGCAUGCACUGGGAGUGGAAAAAUUGUCCUAAAGGAUGGGAAUGUCAAUUCACCUGGGGGGAUAAGGGAACCACAACAGUUAUUCUUGAAGCAGUUGCAUCUCAUGAUCUAUGGAUCUGGCAUGCCUUUUUUGGAUGUCCGGGAAUGUUGAACGAUAUAAACGUUCUAGACCGGUCACCAGUGUUUGAUGAUGUGGAACAGGGAAAGGCUCCAAGGGUGAAUUACUUUGUGAAUCAACGUCCCUAUAAUAUGACAUACUAUCUAGCUGAUGAUAUCUACCCUUCUUAUCCAACUUUCGUCAAAUCGAUUCGACUUCCUCAAAGUGAACCCGAUAAGUUAUUUGCAAAACAUCAGGAGGCAUGUCGGAAGGACAUUGAACUAAAAUCAUACAGCAGAUCCUGCGAGUUCAAAACUAUGAAAGCCAUUGAAGAUCAAGAUGCUGAAUAA